GCCCAAGUCUUAAAGAGAUUUAAGGGAGGGAAGAUCAGCAAAAAAUAAAAUGGCAGACAUUGUUGUUCGAGUUAAUAAAGAACGUGGACCAGCACAGGUAUUUGCCUCGGAUACCCGCACAAGAAGCAGAUUUCGCCGGUGGAAUGGAGGACGAAGUCAACUUAAUCCUGAGGGAGCUCAGUCUAAAAAAUAUCUUCCUAAAGAACUCCGAAGAGAAACGGAACGAGCAUGAAGUAGUGAAGGAGUUAGUUAGCCAUUGAAAUUGAUGAAUAUUGGCAUUGAAAUCUACGACGAUGUAGAAAAGUACGGCAUUGAAAUUGAUCAAGCUCUUGUACAUACAACGACGGAGGCACUGCGCAUUAACCGUAGAAGAUCAGAAGUCGAAGAAGAUGACAUGGUGGGCUAAAGCUGUAUUUUUAGCAUUAUCCUUAUGGAGCACCUCAGAGUCUGCAUUGAUGCUUCGGAAAUUACAGUGACGCAUUGCAAGGUGGUGUCUAGAAAACCUAGUACUUAAUAUCCGCACAGCCAGGGUCCGCCACAUCAUGAUCCCGGACACGGCCCCGCUCAUUAACCAGGGCCUCCUCUACGAUCGGAUCAGCAAAAUGACGCAGUCGGAGUUGAGAAUCAGCCAUGGGAACAGUAGCUCCACGCUGCCCAGUGCGAUCAUAGGUGGGUACGUUUUUGUCGAUUGGAUGGUUUCGAGAGAGCAUAAUGAAUUGAAAGAAAUUGCGGACCGAAUGCGCCGCUCUGGCUGCGAAAAUGAGUUCGUUCAGACCUAUUGUAGCGUCCGCCGCGAUGCACUAGAUGCGUAUCUUCCAAUGCUAGGGAUUGACAAACUUAGUAUUGAAGAGGCUCGGAAGAAUAUUGAGUGGGAUUCCUUGGAAGGGAAGAUGAGGAAAUGGAUUCCGGCCGUUAAGAUUGUUCUAGAGGAUAUUGUCAGCCGUGAGAAAAUCCUCUACGAUCAUAUUUUCCAUGAUGCCGACGGCAUCAAGGAGAUUUGCUUCAACGAGAUUGUGAAAGGCUUCGUGAUGCAGCUGUUGAACUUCGGCGAGGCGGUUGCGAACGGGAGAAGGUCGCCUGAGAAGCUGUUCAGGAUAUUAGGCAUGUAUGAUGCGAUGGCACACAAAUUGCCUUGCUUUGAAGCAAUGGUUACUGAUGAAUUCGUGAUCAAUAAGGCGAAAGGAGUGCUUUGCGGACUGGGCGAGGCGGCCAGCGGGACAUUUGUGGAGUUUAAGAAUGCGGUGCAUAGUGAGAGAUGGGAGACCCCGAUGCAAAGCGGUGACAUUCACCCAAAGACCCGGUAUGUGAUAGGUUAUUUGAAAUUGCUUGUUGAGAACGGAGAUACUCUGAAGUUGCUGUUGGAAAGUGGUGAAGAUGAUGGGUUUUUUGUUGCUCUGCAAAAUGAUAGUGAUAGUGAUAAUGAUAUUUAUAACGAUAACUCCGAGCUGUCUCCCGUGGCCCGUAGGUUAUUAUUGUUGGUGAUGUCCUCGGUACAGGCCACUCUUAAGGCUAAAUCGAAGCUGUGUGAGGAUAGUGCCCUGAAAUAUAUAUUUCUGAUGAAUAAUUUUCAGUAUGUAGUACAGGAAGUGAAAGAUUCGGUUCUUGGGAAGGUUUUAGGUGAUAAUGAUUGGGUUCGUAAACGUGGUGGCCAGAUAGACCAGUAUGCGAUGAGUUAUCUUUGCGCUUCUUGGAGCAAGGCAUUGUCUUGUUUGAAGGAUGAAGGGAUUGGUGGGAGCACAAGUACUGAUACCAAAAAGGUGGUGGCCGCUUUGAAGGAAAGAUUUAAGUAUUUCAAUACAUGCUUUGAGGAAAUCUACGGGGUUCAAACUGCUUGGAAGGUUCCCGAUGCCCAACUUCGUGAAAAGCUGAGGAUAUCUAUAUCGGAAAAGUUGAUCCUGGGAUACAGCUCGUUUCUGGGGAGGUAUGGGAAUCAAGUAGAGAGGAAAUACAUAAAGUACACGGCAGAAGAUUUACAGAGCUAUUUGUGGGAUUUGUUUGAAGGAUCACCCCGAGUUCUAAACCACAUGAAGAAAAAAAGUAAAUAGGAUAUAUAUAUAUAUAUAUAUAUAUAGAGAGAGAGAGAGAGAGAGAGAGAGAGAGGACUCUUGUAUCAGGUAUGGUAUGCCCCCUGCUUUCUUGGAAAGGAGUACUUCUCCAGUUAAGUGUAGCUUGAUUGUGUGAUUUUUAUUUUUGUUGUUUGUUGAUGUAAUCCUAGUCUGUAAGGAUUACAUCUAUAUCUAAGUAAAAGAUAUAUCUAUGUUGCAGAUAUAUCUAAUAUGAGUUGUAGUUGAAUAAAAGUCUUAUCUCUUCUAGGGAGAGAAGACGAGUAAUAGUAGUUGUUUUCAUUUAAAGUUCUAUUUGAAUAGCAAUAUGUUAUCUAGCUCAAUAUAUGGGAUAACUCUAUCUAGAAUAGAGUUACGUUCCUAUGGGGAGUUUUCUAGCUUUAUUGUGUAUUUAAAGGAAGGAUUAUGGAAUAUAUGUUAAGUUGAA